AUGUCCCAGGUAAAAGCUGCAUUGCACAAGAUCCGCGACAGUGUGCCAGGUAUCUCAAGUCGUAAGAAGGCGCAGCUCAAUGACAAGCUGCCAGAUCACAGAAGCCCAGCGGAAUCUCCCGUUCGAGGAGGCGACGAGAAAGACGUCCAACAGAGGUUACAGUCAAAGGAGAAGUUGACCGACGACAUCAGCGACUCAGAUUCUGAACAUCAUGAUCGUUCCCAUCCGAAGGACCUCAACGACUUCCUUAGAGAUAACACGGACCCUCCCGAGAUACGCAAACAUUAUGGAAAAUUGCCAUUGAUGCAGAGUGUCCCUCCGUCGCGUGCGGACCAUGAGAGGGCGGAAAAAUGGUGGCAUCUGCGCGAUAUGACACCGGAAAAGGCUGGUCAGGAAGUCGUGUUCAGAGGCCGGAUACAUGUCAUCAGGCAGAUGAGCUCUAAGCUCGCCUUUAUAGUGUUCCGAGAAGGGAUCACUACCAUUCAAGGUGUACUGCGCGCCAAAGAAGGAGGAGUUUCUGAGAACAUGGUCAGAUUUGCUGAGCACAUGCGUCCUGGUACCCUUGUGCUUGCUAAGGGUCUACUAAAACAAGCAGAACAGCGUGUCAAGCUCACCAGCAUACACGACGUCGAGAUUGAGCUCGUAGACCUCCACAUCGAGACUGCGCGUACAGUCCCUGUUCCUUUUAGCGUUUACGAGGCCGAGCAGGCUUCUAAAGACCACACGAUCAGCGACAGGGUACGGUUGUCAAAUAGAAUACUAGACCUGAGAACCCCUACCUCACAAGGUAUCUUCAGGGUGCAGUCCUCGGUUUGUCGCUUCUUCAGAGAAUAUCUUGACGAGCAACACUUUAUAGAAAUACAUACGCCCAAAUUGCAGGGAGGUGCUACUGAGGGUGGUUCGGAGGUUUUCAAGCUCAAUUACUUCGGUCGUCCAGCAUUCCUGGCUCAAAGCCCUCAGCUCGCUAAACAAAUGUGUAUAGCGUCCGACUUUCAGCAAGUUUACGAGGUAGGACCAGUCUUCAGGGCCGAGAACUCGAAUACGCCGCGCCACUUGACAGAAUACACUGGUCUCGAUAUUGAAAUGGUCAUUGAUACGCACUACCAUGAAGCUAUGCAUACGAUUGACGCCUGCUUAAAGCAUGUAUUCAAGAGAUUGUACGAAAAGAACAGAGCAGAAAUCGAUAUACUCAAACAUCAUUUCCCACACGAAGAUCUCAUCUGGCACGAGGAAACUGUUCGUAUCACAUUCGCUGAAGGAGCACGGCUGCUCAGUGAGUCCGGCUGGAAGAACGACGAUGGAUCGCCACAGUCGGAGUACGAAGACCUCUCCACAAGAGCAGAGCGAGAGCUAGGUCGACUCGUAAAGGAAAAGUACAACACAGAUUACUAUAUCCUCGAUAAAUUUCCCGCAUCAGCACGACCUUUCUAUACCAUGCCAGACGCCGAGAAUUCCAAGCUGACCAACUCUUUUGAUUUUAUGAUCAGAGGUCAAGAAGUGCUCUCUGGAGGUCAACGUAUACACGACUACCAAAUGCUGAAAACCAACAUAGAGAACAGCGGAAUGGAUCCAGAGACUCUACAAGAAUACCUCGACGGCUUCGCUUAUGUUGCACCACCCCAUGCUGGAGCAGGUAUCGGUCUCGAACGCUUAGUUUCUCUAUUCCUUGAAUUGGGCAAUUUGCGGUACGCUUCUCUCUUCCCACGGGACCCGAGAUCCUUCCCACAGGCACCAACUUCAGAACUACGACAUCCAGAAGACACAACGCUUACCCGAAAACAAGGCUAUCUGCAACCCCUGGAAAAUCUGGUUGCUAAUUAUGGUGAUGCAACCAAUACCUCUUUCAUGGACGAGCGGUAUCGCAUCUGGCGUGAUGACAAGACGGGUGCCGCUGUUGCAUAUACUCCUGUUCACGGUCGGGCUAUCUGCGCCGGCAACCCUCUCUGCGAUCCGCGUCAGUAUGCUGACGUAGCCGCUGCCUUUAUAGCUUGGCUCCACGAACAAAAACGAUUGAAGCCUAUCUGGGUAUUGAUCGGCUCGCCCUUCGAGGAAGUACUAGGUACACGCUUUGGGUUCAGAACUUUCUCUGCCUCGAUAGAACAGCGUGUUGACCUCGAACGCAACGUCCAUCUCCAAGUCGACAAAGAAGUCGAGCGCAAGAUUCGUCACGCCAAGAACGAAGGUGUUGAUGUUACUGACUACGGUAACAAGAUCCCCGACGAAACCAAAAACGCUGUCGACCAACGCAUCAAGGACUGGCAGUCGGGCCGCAAAGGUGAGCAAGUCCAUCUAAGUGAUAUCACUCCUUGGGUCGAUCAAUCCCAUCGUCAAUACUUUGUCGCAACAGACAAGGACGGCAAAGUCCAUAGCAUGGUCGUCUUGGCACAAUUAUCAAUUCAGCAUGGUGUCCAGAUAAAGUGGGCGCUUGAUUUCCCCGGCGCAACGAACGGUGUUAUCGAGAUGACAGUGCAAGAAGCGCUCAAAGCUGCUGCGAACGCUGGCAACAAAGAAGCAACGUUUGGUGGUGGCGCUGCACCUGAGCUGAAAGUCGGUCAUCACGUUGGACAUGCGAAGGCCGCGACUUUGAGCAAGACGUACCAGUCAUUGGCCGCCAGGUUUCACGUCGAAAACAAGAGCGGAUUCAGAGCGAAGUUCAACACCUGGAAUGACAAUACAUAUAUGGCUUAUCCUGCCAAGGGACUGGGUCAGAAGGGUAUCAGAGCUAUUGUCGACUUCUUCAGAGAGGAUGAUGGCAGCGGCGCACCUGUGUAA